UUUGUGUUCGUCCCGCUGAUGUUCGGGGGCCAUUUGAUCCCGUCCGUGGACACGGCGCUGAUGGUGGCCACCCACGGCGCGGUGGCCACCAUCGUCGUGACUCCGUCCUACGCCGCGCGCGUCCGCCGGACCGUCGAGCUCACCACGUCGGGGCGGUUCGGCGCAUCGGCCGGCGCCGACGUCAGGGUCGUGGCUCUCCCGCUGGACUGCGCCGCGGCGGGCUUGGCCGAUGGAAGCGAUGACAUCGACAGGAUCGGUAUGGAGCUCGAGUUGGAAUACUUCCGAGCGCUGUCGCUCCUCCGGGAGCCGCUCGAGCGCCACCUCCGCGCCGCCGGCGCGCCGUACCCGACGUGCGUCGUGUCGGACUUCUGCCUGCCGUGGACGCAGGAGCUCGCCGCGAGCCUCGGCGUCCCGCGAGUCUGCUUCUUCAACCUGGGCGCCUUCUCCGUGCUGUGCCAGCACAACGUCAACCGGUACGGUGCCUUCGAUGGCGUCGUCGGCGACGACGUGGCGGUCGUCGUGCCAGGCCUUGGAGACAGGAGGUUUGAGGUGACAAGGGCACAGGCACAGGCGUUCUUAACCGGUUGGGACGACUACGACGACGCCGUGGACCGCGCGCUGGACGCAGCCGACGGCUUCGUCAUGAACACCUUCACGGGGAUGGAGCCCGAGUUCGUCGCCGCCUACGCGGCUGCCAGGGGAAAGAAGGUGUGGACCAUCGGGCCAGUGUCUCUGUAUCACCGGCACACCAUGUCGCUGGCGGCGAGAGGGAGGACGGCGGACAUAGACGCCGACGAGUGCAUCCAGUGGCUGGACACCAAGGAACCCAACUCCGUCGUCUACGUCAGCUUCGGGAGCAUCACGCACAUGGAUCCAAAGCAUGUCGUCGAGCUCGGGCUCGGGCUCGAGGCGUCGGGGCACCAGUUCAUCUGGGUGGUCAGUAACACGGAGCUCUACGGCGAGACGGUGCGCGAGUUCUUGCAUGAGCUCGCGGCGCGCGUCGCCGGCCGCGGCCUGGUCAUCCGGGGAUGGGCGCCGCAGGUGCUGAUCCUGUCCCACGUCGCCGUCGGUGGCUUCGUGACGCACUGCGGGUGGAACUCGAUCCUGGAGGCGGCCGUCGCCGGAUUGCCCGUGGUGACAUGGCCGCAUUUCUCCGACCAGUUCUUGAACGAGAAGAUGGCCGUGGAGGUGCUCGGGAUCGGCGUGAGCGUCGGCAUCACUGAGCAGGUGGAUUCCCAGGAGGAGGGCAAGGGCAAUGUGGCUGGGAGGGAGAUGGUGGAGAAGGCAAUCAGGAGCAUACUUGAUGGAGGAGAGGAAGCGGAAGAAAGGAGGAGGAGGGCGCGCGACCUGGCCGAGAAAGCGAGGACGACUGUGCAAGAGGGCGGAUCGUCUCGUGACAACCUGUUUGACUUUGUUCAGUCUUUCGGGGGGUAAAUAGAGAUACUAUCAAAAUCUUAUUGCCGAAUAACUGUAGGAGAAAUAUAGUACUUUCUCCCAUUUUAUUUGUUUGGCAUAAAAUUACGCAAACCGACGACAUAUAUUUGCAAUAUGGAAGGGGUAUGUGUUUGUAUUUUCAUAAGUCGUGAUGUACUCUUUCGAAGUUACAUUUU